CUAAGCGUAGAUGUUGGUUGUGUUUGUUCUCUGGAAGAUUAACCACGCGCGCUAGCCUGAAGAAUUGGAUUGCGAGGUUUCUGAUCGGGAAAGUACCAAAAUCCGUGCUGGGAAUCCCGAUAACCGCGGGGUACUGUCGGACGUCGUGAAACUGUACGUUGACGCCGCAGGAUUUCUUUACGAAAAAGGGUUGAUUUUUUACUGUGGUCGAAAGAGGAUUGAGUGAUGUGCUAUUCGUAGGAUUUGCGAUGAGAGCGAAAACUUGACAUGAGAAAAAAACAGUGAAUUUUGACUUGAGUUAUUUCGAGUUACAGUGUUUGUGGUUCCCAUUGGAUUCUCCUCAUUUUUCGCGAGUGUAAAAACGCACAGUGGAGAGUAUGAUCACGAUGGACUGCCAGCCGGGAGGUCACGGAGGUCACCUGGGACACUCCAUGAUUCUAGAUCCGUCCGGAGGGUCGAUGCAUCAGAUCGGCGGAGAGCAAGACCACAAGAAGAAGAGAGAUGGCUCUCACGUGGGAUCUUCAUCGAGCGAUGGUGAGUCCAAGGACGAAAGUAAAUUGUCCGCUGACAAAAGUCACGGUGGUGUUAAUCAAUUAGGAGGUGUUUUUGUGAACGGAAGGCCCCUUCCAGACGUAGUUAGACAAAGGAUAGUCGAACUGGCUCACAAUGGAGUCCGACCCUGUGAUAUUUCAAGACAGCUUCGAGUUUCUCACGGCUGCGUAUCAAAAAUUCUCUCUAGGUAUUAUGAAACGGGUAGCUUCAAAGCGGGAGUAAUAGGAGGCUCAAAACCAAAAGUAGCAACACCACCAGUAGUAGACGCAAUAGCAAAUUAUAAGAGAGAAAAUCCGACCAUGUUCGCAUGGGAAAUCAGAGAUAGACUGUUAGCAGAAGGCAUCUGCUCCCAAGAUAAUGUACCUAGUGUCUCAUCAAUAAAUAGGAUUGUAAGGAACAAAGCGGCGGAAAAGGCCAAACACGCGCACCAGGUGGCGACCAGCGGCGGCUCGUCGGUUGGAUCGUCGGGAGGACCAGUGUCUGUGAUCGCGCAUGCGCCUAGUACACAAUUACCUGAGCCCAGAUCAGGGGCGUACAGUAUUAACGGGAUUUUGGGACUCCAGCACGACCCCAACGGCAACAGCAUCAAGAGGAAGAGGAUAGAGGACCACGAUGAAAACAGAGAUUUGAACGGACAUCCGGAUGAUGACCUGAAAAGACAGAGAACGCAAUAUAAUGGCGACCAGCUCUAUUCCAAUCUCUGGUCCAGCAAGUGGAACAUAAAGGACGAGCACAAGCUGCUUUCGGAACUUGGCUCUGGCGGUGCGCCUGGUUCUGGCCAGGCAUACUACGACGCCCACGCUGGAUUCACACCGACCUCCGCCUCUGACCUUUACGAAUCCAUCAAUACAAUUAGCCAGUCCUCCCCACAGAACCUUUACGCGCCGUCCUUGGCAGGAACACUAGGUACCGGUUCACUUACGCCCCUAACCCCAAUCGCACUGCACGAAAUGAAAAUAGAGACGGGUAGACUUACAGAACACCCCUUAUCACCCUAUAAUUCAGCAGAGACUAGUUCGCCGUACAGUGGUGUGAUAGGGAUGGUUGACGGCGCCUCCCCUGGGCUGCCACUGGCUUUGCCGCCCCCAGACCCCCCAGGCAGCCAGCCAGCGUCGCACGCGGGGUCACCUGACCCCGCAGGAUUAACAGUUCUACAGCCAUCUAACAACAAUUCCACACAACACUAUUCCAUGUUGCCUAGCUUCGGAUAUACGACAGCAAGUACUCCUGUAGUUCCCGGCGGCGAUUAUGCGUACUCCCCCUCGUACAGCCAGUAUGGCCCUACGUAUGGCACCUACGGCUACGGCAGCACCACCAGCGGGUUACUCAACUCGGCAUAUUUUUAUACGAACAACGACCUCCAUUCCCAAAACCCUGCUUCGGGAGCCCUGAACGGUUCCCUGAACGCGGAGCAGAGUAGCCGGAGCCCUCUAGCGGCGACCCGCGCGAACUCCCUGGCCUCCGCCAAUUCGCCGACAGAUAGCGGCAGCGCCUGUCUGAAGACCGAAAUGUUCUCGAACGAGCUGAAUCUGAUGUAAGGAUGUCCAGAAAACCCGAAAUCCUCCCAGGAUGGACCGAAGUGAAUGUAAAUUUAGUGGGUUUGCAACGAAAGUUAACUGACAUGACGGAAUGAAUAAUUUGUUUCACCAUAAUGAACAAUUUCGCUUUCAGAAUCGAGGGAACUGCAAUUGAGCAGGUUCCGAUUUUAUCGGCAAUGUUUAUCUUGAUUCUGAAAAGCGAAGAACCCCUCAUUGUUUAUACUGAACUGUAUUAUAUAGAACAAAUUUUAUAUAACUUUAAUAUAUUUUAUACUUUCAACUGAAACACACCAAAGAAUUAAGUUUUAUGUUAAAACAUGUGCACUUUCUUGUCAUAUCAUUAACAUAAUUUGCAAUGAAUAAUAAUGUACAAAUUGAUAAAUAUUCCUUACAAAUUAUGAUUGUUGUACAGAUGUAAUAAAUAACUCCGUAACUAGUCAGAGAAGAACGUACUCAUAUAUUUUUGUGUUCUCUGAAUAUAAUACAUCAUGAAUUAAAUGCACAAUGUUAAAUUUUUAUUAGGGGAAAUAUCUUGAAAAUGUUUUUGUGCAAUUUCCCGAUAAGUUUUCCUAUGUUGAAUUUCUAUCUAAGAAAAAUCGUGCGUUUAAUUCAUACUGAAGACUAAACGAAGUUUUUGGUUGACUGUUGAUCGGAAUGAAAAUUCCUGAAAAUGCCCUGAUAUGAAAUUAUUUAUUUUAUUUUGUGAAAUGUGUAAUAGUAUCACCAAAGAGAUGGCAACCUUAUCAAAGUCGUCAUGGUAUUAUAAGUAUUGUAUUGUAAAAUGUGAUAGGCCCUCAGAAAUCAGGCCCUUCUUGCCCAAAAACCUCCCUGUCACAUUCACUCAUAGUUGUAGAUCGUUUAUAUUUAGAGAAAUAAAUUAAUUAUUGACUAUUUA